AUGGAGAUAUUCAAUACAAAGUCACCACAUCUAUUAUUAUUCCUUUACUUUUACCUAAGAAGGUAA